CUUUUGCAAUGAAUGCACCACUACUCCCAUCCCCAUCGAUACACGCCACCACCUUUCCUCAUUAAUAAAUACUCUCACCCCCCCUUUCACUCUUUCACUCCCUUUCUCUUCUCAACCUUAUUUUCCUCCAUUCAUCAAACAACAAAACAAAGCUGGUUUCAUUAUCCAUUCAAACAGCGCCCCGCAGAUUUUGAUGAAGUCAUUUUUCAACAAUGAGUUGUAAAGUAACUUAUUUUGUACUUGAGAGAAAUUUUGGGGUAAAGAUUGUUUGCUGAGUUGACUAGACUUCUGAUAUCAGCAAUUGAUGCGAACGUGAGAUCUGUAGUGGAAAGGGAAGCAUUUUAAAGUCACCACCAUCUAAUGUGUGUAUUCUAGAACUGAAAAAAUAAAUGGGUUGUUGUGUCUCAACGAGCAGUCGAAGUACUUGUAGCAGCGGGAGCAAUGGAGAGAUGAUAACUCCAUCUUGCUUCGAAAUUUGUUUCUGUGGACAAAAGAGAGCAAGGAGAACAUUUUCUGAUCAUGCUAUUUCUCUACACCAAUUAUCAUCCUUACCUAGCAGGAUUUUCACUAAUGGAAAGAGUCGGGGUUCGUGCAUAUUUACACAGCAGGGUCGCAAGGGAAUUAAUCAGGAUGCCAUGGUUGUGUGGGAAGAUUUCAUGUCCGAAGAUACGAUAUUUUGUGGUGUCUUCGAUGGUCAUGGUCCACAAGGUCAUCUGGUUGCGCGUAAAGUGAGGGAUACAUUGCCAGUAAAAUUGCUUUCAUUUUGGCAUUCUCUUGAAUCGAAACAAAAUAGGUCAGACAAAACUUGCUUCAAACGGAACAUAACACCAGACUGUGGAGAGUCUGAGAAGGAUUGUUCUGCUGAGGAUAAACUGAACUCCACUUGGAGAGAAGCUUUCAUAAAAGCAUACAAGACCAUGGACAAAGAGCUUAGGUCUUAUCCAAAUCUAGACUGCUUCUGUAGUGGGAGCACAUCUGUGACUGUAGUAAAGCAGGGUUCAAAUCUCUUCAUGGGAUAUAUUGGGGAUUCUCGAGCAAUCAUGGGAUCCAAAGACAGCAAUGACUCCAUGGUGGCAAUUCAGUUGACUGUUGAUUUGAAGCCUGAUUUGCCAAGAGAAGCGGAAAGAAUCAAGCAGUGCAAGGGUAGGGUUUUUGCUUUGCAAGAUGAGCCUGAAGUUCCUAGGGUGUGGCUGCCUUUUGAUGACGCACCAGGGUUAGCAAUGGCUAGGGCGUUUGGAGAUUUCUGCUUGAAGGAGUAUGGUGUCAUUUCUAUACCUGAAUUUUCUCACCGGCUUCUCACAGACAGAGAUCAAUUCAUUGUUCUUGCUUCAGAUGGGGUUUGGGAUGUUUUAAGCAAUGAGGAGGUGGUUGAGAUAGUAUCAUCGGCACCAACACGAUCAUCAGCAGCAAGGAUUCUGGUAAAUUCAGCUGCUCGGGAAUGGAAACUCAAGUACCCGACUUCAAAAAUGGAUGACUGUGCUGUAGUGUGCUUAUUUUUGGAUGGUAAAAUGGACUCAGAAUCAGAUUAUGAUGAACAGGGCUUCUCUUCUGCAACCAUUCAGAGCAACCAUUCUGGGAAUCCAGUUGAAUCAGAUGAUGGACAAAAGUCAGAGCCAUCUUUGAGAAGGAACUUUACUGUGAGAUCAUCAGAAGAAAACGAGACCAACGGAGCAGUGUCUGUCGAUGUUGAAGAUGAAGCAGCAUCAGGUGAAGAUCAAAACUGGUUAGGUUUGGAAGGGGUCACUCGUGUAAACUCACUCGUCCAACUUCCUAGAUUUUCUGAAGAAAGAUCAAACUCUUGAAUUUCUUGCUUCAUGAGGCAACUGUUUAUUGUAGUACCUAGUAAACACUCGAUUCAAGAAAGAAUUUUUUUGUUGAAGUGGUAACAUUUUGAUGCUCCUUGGUAGCCUAAUUCACCAGUAGAAAACUAAUGUUCAAUUAGGGUGGCAAAACCUAAUUGAUUUCAGCCUAAUGCAAGGAAUUAAUAACCUAGACAAACUCGAAGUGGUUUGAUUUGGGUAACUAGUUUACGGUUUCAAACCCGCAGAUCUAACAUGUUCAUUUUUUUAGUUUUUUUGGUUAUGUUGGAGACAUUUAGAGGGUGUUUUUGGUGAGUUCAAGUGUUGAAAUAUAGAUUGGAUACAAUGAAUCUUUAUUUAUG